GAGACCUCAGACUCGAAAGUGAGCGCGUGAGGAGCAGUAGAGGUACAGACACAACGGCUUCGCUGAAAACGCCACAGCUGCAGUGAAAAAUGUGUGCGAGUUUUUUUGGACUGAAAGCAUGGCAAGGAUAAUAUCAAAACCGGUGAUCAGAAUACAACGGCUGGCGAUUACGUCAUUGUGGAUGAUGUUAUAGAAGACACCUCAAAGCAUUCUGGGAAACGAGCUCAGAAGAGGACAGAGGACACUGGCUCAGUGAGGCGCUUUUAAAACUCCUCCCCCAAGUGUCCCCGAGUGCCCUUGUUCCCGCCAAUUCCCGCCGAGUGCUGGCUGUUGGUUACACGGCCGUUGGCAGCUGAGUGGGUCGUGAUCAUCUCAGUGGGACGUGAUCAGCGCCCCCAUGGCGCUCAACAUGCGGCCAACGAGCGGGAGGCGGCUGGAGGGCCCACACCCUGCCCACACCCCCCUCCUCCGAGACUACUUCCUGGUUCCUCUGCUCCUACUGUUAGCGGUUACGGCUACGACUAAGACGACUACGGCUUCCUCCGCUGCUUCCUCUUCCUCUUCCUCCCCGCACGCCUUCUUCCAGACCUUCAGCCCCCCCGAAUCCUCCCCCGGCGGCCUCACCCACCUGGUGGUGCACAACAAGACGGGCGAGGUCUACGUGGGCGCCGUCAACUGGAUCUACAAGCUCUCCAGCAACCUGACGCAGCUCCGCAACCACAUGACGGGCCCCGUGGUGGACAACGAGCGCUGCUACCCGCCGCCCGGCGUCCAGUCCUGCCCCCACGAGCUGACGCAGACCAACAACGUCAACAAGCUGCUGCUGCUGGACUACGGCCAGAACCGCCUGAUCGCCUGCGGCUCCACCUCCCAGGGCAUCUGCCAGUUCCUGCGGCUGGACGACCUGUUUAAGCUCGGCGAGCCGCACCACCGCAAGGAGCACUACCUGUCCAGCGUGUCCGAGGCCGGCACCAUGUCCGGCGUGGUGAUCAACGGCUACGAGGGCGGCGGCAGCACGGGCAAGCUGUUCGUGGGCACGCCCAUCGAGGGCAAGUCCGAGUACUUCCCCACGCUGUCGAGUCGUAAGCUCAUGGCCAACGAGGAGAACGCCGACAUGUUCAGCUUCGUCUACCAGGACGAGUUCGUCUCCUCGCAGCUCAAGAUCCCGUCGGACACGCUCUCCAAGUUCCCCGCGUUCGACAUCUACUACAUCUACAGCUUCGGCAGCGAGCAGUUCAUCUACUACCUGACGCUGCAGCUGGACACGCAGCUGACCUCACCCGACGCCAGCGCCGAGCAGUUCUUCACCUCCAAGAUCGUGCGGCUGUGCGUGGACGACCCCAAGUUCUACUCCUACGUGGAGUUCCCCAUCGGCUGCACCGGCCGGGACGGCGUGGAGUACCGGCUGGUGCAGGACGCCUACCUCAGCCGGCCCGGCGCGCGGCUGGCGCGCUCGCUUGGCAUCUCCGAGCGCGAGGAGGUGCUGUUCACCGUCUUCUCGCAGGGCCAGAAGAACCGCGACAAGCCGCCCAAGGAGUCGGCGCUGUGCCUGUUCACGCUGCGCAAGAUCAAGGAGAAGAUCAAGGAGCGCAUCCAGUCCUGCUAUAAAGGAGAGGGGAAGCUCUCGCUGCCCUGGCUGCUCAACAAGGAGCUCACCUGCAUCAACUCGCCACUCCAAAUAGAUGACAACUUCUGCGGCCAGGACUUCAACCAGCCUCUAGGGGGCACCACCACCAUCGAGGGCCUGCCGCUCUACGUGGACAAGGAGGACGGCAUGACCUCGGUGGCGGCCUACGACUACCGCGGCCACACCGUGGCCUUCGCCGGCACCCGCAACGGACACAUCAAAAAGGUAACGCCACGUUACGUGACAUUUCCCUGUUGUGCAGUGUGGGGUUGAAGCAGCUAGGAGUAACUCGCACACCACUGAUGCCGAUGCAUAAAUGAUUUUAAUGCAUAAGGAAAAUAAAGAAGGUGCUACCCAGUGAAAUGCAAAACGAUUUCGGUCUUCGGUGAUGUGUGGCGCUACCAUCUAGUUGGGGUGGAGUAGCAAGUCUCACCACGCAAACGUAAACAUACGCACAGGACAUACAGGAACAAUACAGGAAUUUUCGUGUGAAUGUCAACAAAAACAUUCCGCCAUGUUGACAUGGGGGAAAAUGUGGAGAGGGCGCCAUUUACUUGAAGGUCGGAUGACCGAAACGUAAAGUUUGUUGGUGAAAUGGACAGUGUGCAGGAUUUCUUAACACUUGAGAGGGCGCCAUUUCCCAGAGACCAUGUUGUUCUGUGUGGUAUGCUACCUAGCCUACCGUCUAGUUGGGGUGGGGUAGCAACUCCCCCACCACGUAGUAAACGUCAGACCUGUGUGCGUAACCUCAUGGCGGGACUGUGAGGAGAUUGCCUGAUGAAGGUCUAGUACCGAAACGUCGUUUAUUAAAGAAAGAACAGCAAAAUGGUCAGUGUGCCGGAGUUUCUUUAAGUUGUUGCUGAGUGACCCAUGGUUCCAUCUGCCAGCUGAGGUGUGGGAAAAAAGUCAAAGUUUUACGGGACUGUGUUUUUGUCUCUCUAAUGUAACGUCCCAAGUUCCCAAGUGCCUGUGCACUAGCCGAACGUUUCCCACAUGUUCAUUUGGCGGUGCUUACGGCCACGCAAUGUCAUGUGAUUGUGAGAACACUCUGAUUUUGUGAAUAUGUGUUCCCCCAUAUAUGUGCAAUUGCAUCAGGAAUAGAGGCAGAAUCAAUUGGCGGUGCUUGGUUUUCAUAUUGUGGUGUUCCACCACAGAAUGGUGUACUAAUAUUUUCAUGGGAAUCACAACUAUCUUGUAGUUCUUGUCUUGCACCUGGCCUCAGUGAGACUGAAUGGGCAUGCAGUACAGUACAGUGCUAGCCUGGGAACUCCCAUACUGCCUUUAGUUCUACACAAUCGUUUCGAUCUGAAAGACAGUAUGGCGAGGAUGACUCAUAACGUACAAGAUCAUGGGAUCUGUGUCAUAAUGGCCAAGCAUUCCGACCUUAACAGUUUCUCUGCCCGAUCAGAGAGCAGGGCAGUGUGUCAUAAUAGCCAAGUAUUCCGGCCCCAUACGGAAUUUACAAUAGGCAACUCCCCAGACCUAAUCUCACUUGUGAUUAGGUCUGGUGUUAACCAGGCAAGUACAGUGCAUCUACUUUGCAAAAAAAACUGUAUCUAGCAUCCUCCAUUCCUUCAAUGUCUCACUCAAUUCUCAAUGUGUUUGAUGCACUAAACAUAGCUCCAAACAGCACCUGACGGACUGGCUGUGAAUGAGUGAUUGAUGCCUCCAUGCGGAGAGUUCGAUCCACUCUCCUGGCACCCUCCUUGACUCCUGCUCAGGGGCGGGUCUAGCCAUUUUGGGGCCCUCGGCUAAAUGUAAACAUGGGGGCCCUCAAAAGUCAUUAUAUAGACAUAUAAUUAUGUGUUUUGGUGCUUUGUCUAAGUGCUUUGUCUCAUAUUAACUUCAAUUACUUAACAUAAGUGAUACAUUAAGAUCAAGGCUACUUUUUUGUGUUUGCCGUGACUGGUGUGACAGUUCGGGCCCCCUAUGGAUGGCAGAUUUGGUCGGGGCCCUAGGCAAUUGCCCAGGUUUGCCUAAUUGAAAGCCUGCCUCUGCUCCUGCUCGAUAUUCUCAAAGUUGGCCCUGGCUUUUUUGAAGGAGAUGCACAAUGCAAGCCGUGUUUGUCAGCGAGGAAAAAUGUUUUCCUUUGUAGAAAAGCUCGCUCGGGCUGAUGGAAUUUGAUUUGUAAUGAGCUUAGUGUUUGUGUUGGAAUGGCAACGGAAAAAAUCUGGGAAGCAACUCAACUGUUAAAGCUUUCAAGAAGUUUCACAAACACAUACCGGUACACACAAACUUCUCUCUCUCUCUCUCCCUC